GGGCGCGGGGCCGGCCGGGAGCACCCGGGCCGCGCCGGGGCCGGGGCUGAGCCUGCGGGGGAGCGAGCGCGGCCGCGCCGGGCCGGGCCCCGCCAUGGCGGCCGAGGGCAAGGUGACGGGGCAGAGCCAGGAGCAGUUCCUCCUGCUGGCCAAGGCGGCCCGCGGCGCCGCGCUCGCCAGCCUGAUCCACCAGGUGCUGGAGGCCCCAGGCAUCUACGUGUUCGGGGAACUGCUGGACAUGCCCGCCGUCCGCGAGCUGGCUGACAGCGAGUUCUCCCCCGUGUUCCGCCUGCUCACCAUCUUCGCCUACGGCACCUACGCGGACUACCUGGCUGAAGCAGCAAACCUCCCUCCCUUGACAGAAGCUCAGAAGAACAAACUGAGGCACCUGUCAGUUGUCACUCUGGCUGCCAAGAUCAAGUGCAUCCCCUACUCAGUGCUGCUGGAGCAAUUACAGCUGAAGAACGUCCGGCAGCUGGAGGACCUGGUGAUUGAGGCAGUUUAUGCAGAUGUGCUGCGAGGGAGCUUGGAUCAGCGGAACCAGCGCCUGGAGGUGGAUUACAGCAUUGGGAGGGACAUCCGGAGGGAGGAGCUAAGCACCAUCACCCGCACGUUGCAGGAGUGGUGCCAGGGCUGCGAGGUUGUCCUGUCGGGCAUCGAAGAACAGGUCAGCCGAGCCAACCAGCACAAAGAGCAGCAGCUGGCCCUGAAGCAGCAGAUAGAGAGUGAGGUGGCAAACCUGAAGAAGACUAUUAAAGUGACAACAGCAGCUGCUGCAGCAGCCACAUCCCAAGACCCAGAACAGCACCUAACGGAGCUCAGGGAGCCAGCCCCUGGCACCAACCAGCGCCAGGCGAGCAAGAAAACUUCCAAAGCCAAAGGGCUCCGGGGCAGUGCGAAGAUUUGGUCUAAAUCAAACUAGUUGGAUCUCCCUUCACAGCUGGGAGGGUGAGAGGAAGAGAUUUGGGGGAUGGAGGGGUAGCAAGGGUCCCAAGUGUGAUGCUUCUGAGCUCUUCUCUGAGAUCCGUCUUGCCAGCUAACUCUCCUGCAUGUUUGUUCUCUUUCCUGUCUUCUUUACCCACUUUCCAGGCAGUAUCUCCCUCCUUUUCAUCACAGCAUUUCACACUCUCAGCUUCCAGUUUACGCAUUGCUGUUUCCCCAACUGCUCAAGCCCCCAUUGCCAGGGCCAUGUGUUUCUCUCUUUCUCUCUCCCUGUCUUUUGACAGGUCAAUUUCAAGAGCUAUAAGGGUGUGUCAGUCACCUUGGCACCCAGAGGGCAUCACAGAAGCUUGGAAAGAGGGUGCUGGUGCUCAGCAACCAUCUUGGCUCUAUGAGACCCCUGGGAUAAUUUGCUCCAGGACGCAGCUGCCAUCUUUGAUUGUUUAAUCUUUGUUUUGCUAGGUGGGAGGGUAGUUUUUGAAGGGAUUCUUUUAAAAAAAUAUAAAUAUAUUAUAAAUAUAUAUAAAACAAUAAAAUAAUAGUUCUAUGGACAUAUCUAUACAAACUUGUGCUCCUGUGGUGGCAUCUCUUGGCCUCAUAUACUGAUUCUGGAGGUUCCAAAAUAAGGCAUGAUAUUGAGAGCCUCUGUCCCAUUUUGCGGUAGAAUAUCCUCAAAAUACUCACUUCCCUUUCCAAAGCGUAGUGCCAUAGUAGCUCUAUUGGGAUGAGAGUCCAUAAAGCAGGAACUAAUCAUAAAUCUUAUUUACAG